AUGCCAUUUAUAUUUAACUUCGCUGCACGGAAGUCCAUCAACAUAAGACUUGAUCCAUCGGACGUAUUUAACGUACAGAUAAUAACACCAUCGCGUUAUGUAAGCAUAACAAGUGACUUUUUGCGACGUAUUUACUCAUUGAUGGGAUAUAUUCUCUCAAUUAUAUCCGACCCAUCGGUUAAAAGUCGAGAGAGAAUUUUCCUCAAAGACGAAAUUAACACGCUGUCCAAAACUACUUAUCGUGGCGAAAAUAUGCUCGAAAUCGAGUCACAUCUCCGUCAAGGAUGUCACGUGCUUUUGAGCAGGCAAAAUCUACUAAGGCUUCAAGACAUGCAAUGGGCAAUCGACGAAUCAAUCGCGCGAAAAUCUAAUGUCGUACGAUGUGCGGUAAUGGAGCAAACUGACCUAAUUGCGUCAUAUUUAAGUAUGAACGUUUAUGUGGAAAAAACUGCGUAUAUUGAAGAAAUGAUUGCUGCCACCCGAAAUAUCCAUAAUAAUUUACACACAAUGAAUAUAAUACCGGAGAGUCAAUGCAGUUUUAUUAACCAGCUUAUAUUGUUUGCCAACAAACAAUUAGCAUUGUGUUGGUCGGCGAACGUUCACGCUAGCAGCGCGCAUUGUUUACCCAAUAGUGACAGCGGCGGCGGCGGCGGCAGCGGUGUUAACCGUGAUACCGCUUGGUCAGCGAACGUUGGAGAUACCACCUUGCAUUGUUUAGCCAAUAGCGAUGGUGGUUGCGGCACCGUUGUUAACCGUGGCGGCGGCGACGUCGGAGUUAGAGAGUUUAUCGGUUUCCAUGAGAAUAUCGACCCUACAUUAUUGUCAUUUAUGCAGUGUACCGAUAAUGCUGUAAUCUGUCCACUACAUUCAAUCAAUCGACCGUCAAGGAUACAAGGGGUUAGAAAGAAUGCCGGUCCCGUUAUAAGAUGA